CGCCGCCCGCCGUUGGAGGAAUCCGAGGCGAGGGACCGGGAACCGCGAGGAGUCUGGACCGCGGCGGGUGCGAGGGCAGGCGUGCCCAGAGUGGUCGCGCGUGCGUCGGCCGCCGCCCCUCGGCCUUCCUCUUCGCAGGUCCCCUCCCUCUCCGCCGGGACGCGGGAGAGCCCGGCGCGCGACGGGGGCGUGAGGUGGAGCCGGCGGGGGCGGCCAAUGCGAAACUGGCUGGUGCUGCUGUGCCCGUGUGUGCUCGGGGCCGCGCUGCACCUCUGGCUGCGGCUGCGCUCCCCGCCGCCCGCCCGCGCCUCUGGGGCCGGCCCGGCAGAUCAAUUGGCCUUAUUUCCUCAGUGGAAAUCUCGCCACUAUGAUGUGGUAGUUGGUGUGUUGUCAGCUCGCAAUAACCAUGAACUUCGAAAUGUGAUAAGAAACACCUGGCUGAAGCAUUUAAUACAACAUCCGUCAUUAAGUCAACGUGUGCUUGUGAAGUUCAUAAUAGGUGCUCAUGGUUGUGCCGUCCCAGUGGAAGACAGGGAGGAUCCUUACUCCUGCAGACUACUCAACAUCACAAAUCCGGUUUUGAACCAGGAAAUUGAGGCAUUCAGUCUUUCUGAAGACACCUCAUCAGGAAUUUCUGAGGACCGAGUUGUCAGCGUGAGCUUCCGAGUUCUCUACCCAAUCGUUAUUACCAGUCUUGGGGUGUUUUAUGAUGCCAACGAUGUGGGUUUCCAGAGGAACAUCACAGUCAAGCUUUAUCAGGCAGAACAAGAGCAAUUUCACAGCAUCUUCACCUGGAGGAGAUUCCAUCUCAAGAAACCACUUUGCUUAUGCGAGGCCCUCUUCGUGGCUCGUUUCAGCCCUCCGAGCUGUGGUGUGCAGGUGAACAAGCUGUGGUACAAGCCUGUGGAGCAGUUCAUCCUGCCUGAGAGCUUUGAAGGUACCAUCGUGUGGGAGAGCCAAGACCUCCAAGGCCUUGUGUCAAGAAAUCUCCACAAAGUGACUGUAAAUGAUGGUGGGGGCGUUCUCCGAGUCAUUACGGCUGGGGAGGGUGCCUUGCCUCACGAAUUCAUGGAAGGCGUGGAGGGGGUUGCAGGUGGUUUUAUUUACAUCAUUCAGGAAGGUGAUGCACUCUUACAAAACCUUCAUUCUCGCCCUCGAAGACUUCUUGACCACAGAAGUAAUCUUCACAGGGAAGACGCCUUACUGAGGGAGGAGAGCAGCGUCUAUGACGACAUUGUUUUUGUGGAUGUCGUCGACACUUACCGAAAUGUUCCUGCGAAGUUACUGAACUUCUACAGAUGGACUGUGGAAACAACCAGCUUUGACUUACUGCUAAAGACCGAUGACGACUGCUACAUAGACUUGGAAGCUGUGUUCAAUAGGAUUGCCCACAAGCAUCUGGACGGGCCUAAUUUUUGGUGGGGAAAUUUCAGACUGAAUUGGGCCGUGGACCGGACUGGCAAGUGGCAGGAGCUGGAGUACCCCAGCCCCGCAUACCCGGCCUUUGCCUGCGGCUCGGGGUACGUCAUCUCCAGGGACAUCGUCCACUGGCUCGCCGGCAACGCGGGCAGACUCAAGACCUACCAGGGUGAAGACGUAAGCAUGGGCAUCUGGAUGGCAGCCAUAGGACCUACUCGAUACCAGGACGGCCUGUGGCUGUGCGAGAAGACGUGUGAGCCGGGCAUGCUGUCCUCCCCGCAGAACUCGCCGCAGGAACUGACGCAGCUGUGGCAGCUGAAGGAGCAGUGCGGGGACCCUUGUCAGUGCGGGGCGGCCGCGGGCGGGCUUUAGGCGGCGGCGCUGCAGGAGCGGGCGGAAGAGCGGCAGGGCGCGCGGUGGCUGAGCCGAAGGCCCCCAGGAGCCCGCGGGCGGCGGGGGGCGCUAGACGCCGUGCUCGCCCAGGAGAGUUUACCUGUAAGCAACGUGAUCUUUCUAGAUGUUUGCACAGAAUUUCCUUUUUAAAUAGCUGAUCCUGUACAUAACAAAAAUUUUAUUUCUAUAUUGGAAGACUUUGAAAAACACCAAAUUGUUUUAUAAAACAAAAAACAUUUCUAAAACCUGAUGUAUCAUUUCUAGUUUAUAAUUCAUUACCUAUCAAUCACUUCUGGUUAAAAUUGGCCUCGUUCAGAAAUCUUAGUAACUAAGAAUGUGAAUUCCAACCUGGAUUACAGAAUGGCCCUGUAAGGCAUAACUAGGGUAAUUAAGGGCCAAAAACAAUUCACAGAACGCUGUGUGGUCACUUAUACCAAAGUGUGGGAAUGGAAAUGUCUGAAUGAAGUGGGCAACUGGAAAAGGAGCCCAUGUAAUUCUCAGUUCUGGACCGUGGUUUUAAAGUUCACUUAUUUAUUGAGUGAGCUAAUUCCAGUUUUCUUUUGCCAUUUAACAUAAAUCCUGAAGGUCACAGUCUAGUACCAUUUAAAAAAAGCUAAAAUUCUGUGGCUGUAAAUCAGAUACCUCUCAGGGUUUUAGUGACGUAGGGACGUAGCCCAGCUAAGUAGUGGGCACUUUGAAAGAAUGAAUUUUUUCUUUCCUCCUGUCAUCGCGUAACGUUCACCUAAUCUAACUGAAUUCUGAUCAGAGAUGGAAAUCUUCUACAGAAGAAUAAAUGCCCCGCUUAGGUACAACUGUAGGGAAAAGCGCAUAAUGAAUUUUUGUAAGUAAGUACUCUAAAACUGUGAUGGAGGGAAGAGACCCUAGCACACGCUGUACACAGAAGAGGUGCCUCCCUAAGUUUAAGGGGCAUUUCCCAAAAUGACUGUCCAAACCAUUCUGGAGACCCUUUAAACUAGCAGUA